UAUAUGCACACGUUAGAAUCAGGUAAAAUUGGAGCUGCCCUGCAGAUAACAGUUUGAAGUGAGGGCGGGCUGAGUCGACCUGCCACUCCCCGCUCAGGCCUUCACGGGAGCGCGCAUCUGUUCCUGCGCGCUGUCACGCUUUACUACCAACAGGCACGAAAAUUCCAGGGAGGAAGUCACUGAGAUUGAGAAACGAACAACAACUCCAAAGGUGCCAGGAAAGAAAAGAAAAAAAGGCGAGAGAAAAGAAGAAGAAGAAAAAAAAAACCUGGAGACGAGAGAAAGUUCGAGUUCGCCGAGUCCUCAUUGGGAAGAACUUCUGAAGCGUAAUAUGGACUAGAGGCGCCGGGGCUCGCAGCAGAUGGAGGCGGCGAGAACUUUGGUGUUCCUCGGGGCCGUGCUGCUCGGGGUGGCGGGCGCGUCGGCGAGAGAAGUGUGCCUGGGUACCGACAUGAAGCUGACCCUGCCCUCCAGCCUGGACAAUCACUACGAGACCCUGAAGCUGCUCUACACCGACUGCCAGGUCGUCCACGGCAACCUGGAGAUCACACACCUUCAUGGAAACCCCGACCUCUCCUUCCUACAAGGCAUCGUGGAGGUGCAGGGCUAUGUCCUCGUAGCUCACGUGUCGGUGAGUCUGUUGCCUUUGGACAACCUUCGCAUCAUAAGAGGCAGCCAGCUGUACGACUCCAGCUACGCCCUGGCUGUGCUGGAUAACACUCUGGGCGAACAGGGGCUCCGGACGCUCCGGCUCCGCAGCCUCACAGAGAUCCUGUUGGGCGUGGUGUAUAUUUGGGGGAACCCCCAGCUGUGCUUCCCGGACCCCCAGAGCAUCGAUUGGAGAGACACUUUGGACGAGCACAACGACCACGCCAGGCGGCACCGCCUGCAGCCGCGGGCCUCUGAAUGUCCAACUUGUUCCUCUGCAUGUGAGAAAAGGUGCUGGGGAGAAACUGCACAGGACUGCCAGACCUUGACCCGUCUUCCGUGUGCGAUCGGCUGUCAGCGGUGCAAAGGUACCCUCUCCAAUGACUGCUGUCACAUGCAGUGUGCUGCUGGAUGCACCGGACCCAAAGACUCAGACUGCCUGGCUUGUCGCCACUUCAACGACAGCGGCGUGUGUAAGGAGAACUGUCCUCCCCCCACGAUCUACGACACCGUCACCUUUCAGACCAAACCCAACCCAAACAAGAAGUUCAACUUUGGAGCCACCUGCGUCGAGUCGUGUCCCUAUAACUAUCUGGCCAUGGAAGUGGCGUGUACUUUGGUUUGUCCCAGAGCCAACCAGGAAGUUCUCAUCGCCCACCCCGAUGGAGACGAGAUGCAGAAAUGCGAAAAGUGUGAAGGAGACUGUCCCAAAAUGUGCUAUGGUCUGGGUAUGGACAACCUGGGCGUCAUGGACAACCACGGGGUCACCUUGGUCACAUCCACCAAUGUGGAGCAGUUCAACAAGUGUCAGAAGAUUUUUGGUAGCCUGGCCUUCCUUCCUCAGAGUUUUGAAGGGGACCCUGUGACGAACACGUCGGGUCUGACCAUCGAGCAGCUGAGCAGCUUCAAGAAACUGGAAGAGUUGACAGGUUAUUUGUACAUUGAUGCCUGGCCAGAGGAGUGGACUAACCUGAGCGUGUUUGAGAACCUGCAGGUGAUCAGAGGCAGAAUGCUCUACAAGGGUGUGUUUUCACUGGCCAUCCAGAAUCUACACAUCCGGUCUCUCGGGUUGCGUUCACUGCGCAGCGUCAGUGGAGGUUUGGUUUUGUUGCACAACAAUUCCCAGCUGUGCUACACCUACGCGCUGCCCUGGGACGGUCUGCUCCAUCCCACCCAGGGACCUCACCGCAUCGUCAGCCUGAACCAGGACGCCCAACUCUGUGAGGAAGAAGGGCGUGUUUGUCACCUGCUGUGCGAGGGGGGCUGCUGGGGACCGGGGCCCAGCCAGUGUGUGACCUGCAAGGCUUUCCAACGUGGCAUUGAGUGCGUGGAGCAGUGUGACAUCAAUCAGGGGUCUAUCCGUGAAUACACAGAUGGAUCUUUGUGCGUCGCCUGUCACGCCGAGUGUCGACCUCUCAAUGGCUCCGCUUCCUGUCACGGCCCGGGGGCAGAACAUUGUUCGGAGUGUCGAAUCAAUCAGGACGGGGAUCUUUGCGUGGAUCAUUGUCCCAGCGGCGUGAAGGAGGAUCAGCAAACUGUGUGGAAGUACAGCAACGCCACGGGACACUGUCUGCCCUGCAACAUCAACUGCUCGCUGUCCUGCACUGUGAUGGAUGAGAGGGGCUGCCCCGUGGACACCAGGACAGGACCGGGGACGACGAUCGCGGCCGCAGUGGGUGGAGUGGUGCUCUUCUUCAUCCUGCUCGCUCUGCUGGUCUUCUAUCUGAGGAGACAGAAGACGCUCAAGAGGAAAGAGACGAUGAGGAGGAUCCUGCAAGAACAUGAGCUCGUGGAGCCUCUAACUCCCAGUGGCGCGUCACCCAAUCAGGCUCAGAUGCGCAUCCUGAAGGAGACCGAGUUAAAGAAGCUCAGGGUGCUGGGUGCAGGGGCCUUCGGUACCGUUUACAAGGGAGUGUGGGCUCCUGAUGGGGAAAAUGUUAAAAUACCAGUGGCCAUCAAGGUGUUACGAGAGAACACCUCGCCAAAGGCCAAUAAAGAGAUCCUUGAUGAGGCCUACGUGAUGGCGGGAGUGGCCAGCCCCUAUGUGUGCCGUCUGCUGGGGAUCUGUCUGACCUCCACGGUGCAGCUGGUCACUCAGCUGAUGCCGUACGGCUGCCUCCUGGACUACGUCCGGGAGAACAAGGACCGCAUCGGCUCCCAGUUCCUCCUCAACUGGUGUGUCCAGAUCGCCAAGGGGAUGAGUUACCUGGAGGAAGUCCGGCUGGUCCACAGGGAUUUAGCCGCCCGCAAUGUGCUGGUGAAGAACCCGAACCACGUAAAGAUCACCGACUUCGGUCUGGCCCGUCUGCUCGAUAUAGACGAGACUGAAUAUCACGCCGACGGAGGGAAGGUUCCGAUUAAAUGGAUGGCUCUGGAGUCUAUUCUGCACAGGAAGUUCACUCAUCAGAGCGACGUGUGGAGCUACGGUGUGACGGUCUGGGAGCUGAUGACGUUCGGGGCUAAACCCUACGACAUGAUCCCGGCGAGAGAAAUCCCAGACGUCUUGGAGGAGGGGGAACGGCUCCCCCAGCCCCUCAUCUGCACCAUCGACGUCUACAUGAUCAUGGUCAAAUGUUGGAUGAUUGACCCAGACAGCAGACCGCGGUUCAAAGAUCUUGUCAGCGAUUUUAGUGUUAUGGCCAGAGAUCCACCUCGCUACGUCGUCAUCCAGAACGACGAGCAGAUGAGCAUGUCCAGCCCGGUGGACAGCCAGUUCUUCCGGAUGCUUCUGGAGGAGGAAGGGAACAAUAUACGGGAACUGCUGGAUGCUGAGGAGUAUCUUGUGCCUCAGCCAAACCACUUCUCCAGGAGUCAGGUCGACGGGGCUCCAGCCAACGGGCCGUCCAGACACCAGUCAUACAGGCCGAGCAGAGAUCAGGAGGUCGAGUCCUCUAUCACCGGUGGGCCUCGGAGCAUGUACUCCUCCCUGACCACCCUCAACCGCAGCCAGUACCCUACCUUACCUUUAGGAGCCAGCACCUCCAACGGCAUAUGGGUUCCUCAGUACCCGACUCUGGUUCGCAGCCCGUCGGCCGGCAGCCAAUCCGACUCGGUCUUCCUGGACGACCCCUCGCUGCCCCCGGCCAGCCCCGGACGCUACAGCAAAGACCCCACCUACUCCAACAGGAUCCAGGGUGACCUGGAGACAGACGGGCCCGAUGGCUUUCCUCAUCCGAAUCACCUUCAUCACUCGUUGCCCAGACGGAGUCAUGGGUAUAACCAAAAUCACGCCUCGCCAGAGUACGUCAACCAGGAAGUUAAGGAUCCCAGGCCGGGGGUCCCCGAGCGGCCCAGCACGCUGCCUCGCAAGGGCUCCAGAGCCGACCGGCGCCUCCCCAACGGCCUGUGCUCCGGUCACAGUGUGGAGAACCCCAGAUACUUGGUCCCCGCGAGCGCCGGGGCUGCCGCCUCUCCGGCCUUCGACAACCCGUACUACCUGGACCUCGUGGCCAAAGCCAACGCCGUGGCCGAGGCGGCGGCAGCGGACGGCGCCGAGGCACCGGAGAGAGACGGAAGAGCGCCCCGGCACGCGAACGGGUUUGUGACCUCCACCGCAGAGAACCCAGAGUACCUGGGACUAGCCGACACCUGGACCGGAUACACUUGAGGAGAGGGAGUAAUGUGACGAACUCGAGAGGAGUCACAGCAUGUGCUCGACGGAGGGAAACGAGGAGUGAGGAAAAGGGAAGAUGAAUAUUUGUGGGGGGGAACACCUGGUGUCUGAUUGAUAUCGGGCUUUGUGCUUGCACGUGGAACGGUAUCGGUAUCGAGCGAAGCGCCCGAAUCCAAACUGAUGGACGUUGUUCGGCAAACGUGGAUAAAUCACCCAGUUGUGACGCCGAGGAGCAUUAAUCUGGGGUCCGUGGCAUCAUUUGUGCUCGUAGUGCGACUCAGAGACUCUGUAUCCAUCUGUACUGGGUGAGCAGAGGAGUUCACAUUUGUCUCAACCAGCACGGUACGAGAAGGGUUUGAUCAUCACAGAAUCAAACAGUCGACUCGAUUUGAAUGAAUCCUGAUUUUUUUUAUUUUUUUUAUGUCCGUUUGACUUGUUUAAUGUCUGGUGGUUUGAACCACACAUGAAGCGUUUGUGGACGUCCCUCUGCUCCCUCGGUUCCCUCGGUUCCCUCGGCCGAACAGAGCAGAGCGCUCAGAGGGCCGUGAUUGUUUAGUAUUCUGGUCACUUUGUCUCUGACCUGAUUGGGGGUCUUCAACACACUCAAAGCCAUUUUGUUCCGGCCAGAGAAGGACCGGCAGCCCAUCUGGCCAGUGGACAUGCUCCCUGAAAGAAAGGCGUCCUGUGUGGAGAAGACAGAGGCAUUGUGCCGCUCUGAUGGUGCGGGUGCUCGUGUCUCGGCUGCAGCUACUUUAUGCUCCAGCAGAUGAGAGGUGCUCGCAGACUUAGCAUCCGAGCUGCAACGUGGACGUUUCUUUGUAUGUGUAGCUGAGUGAGAACCAACUUUUCAGGGAUUUCAGAUGUGUGAGAUAAUUAGAGAAGAUGAUGUGCAUUUUGAGUUCUGCACAAUGCACUACAUGGCAGGAGACUGCAUAUGUCCCCCCAGGCUUGUGUUAUCACAGUGAGCUUGUUGCUUGUGGUUGGCCUUUCACUGUGCAAGAAAAGCAUUACAAGCUAUUGGUGAGUAUAUUCCACAAGAAGUGAAGAAUCUGCAUGUAUCUGUACAUGUUUGCUCCCUUUUUAUAGAACAACAAAAAAACAGUUCUGCUGUCUGUGAGCAACACCCCCCCCCCCCCCCCCACUGGAGCCGAAUGUGAAACUGAGGAGGCCAAAACAUCGGUUUGGAUAAUCAAUGCAUGGCUCAAAUUCCACUCCGCGAGAAACACUGGCAUCCCAGUUAAUAAUCAACGGAUUUGUCUUCUUUUUUUCAUGCUCACUGGUGUUGGGCUGGGGGAGGUCCAAACCGAGUCAAUGGAGCCUUUGUCUGACCCUCAUGUCCACGUAGGAACGACGGCGCUCGCCCGACUCACACGUCCCAACGACUUGUCUCGGCUUUAAAAAAGAAGAGAGAACCAGAGUUUCCUUCUGCAGGACGUUGGUCCGUGUCAGUUCUACUCAUACGGGUUUUGAAGAGUUUUGUUCCAGAAAGAGGAUCUCUAAAAGUUCAACCUGAUCUUAUGUAACGAUUACACAAAAAUAACAUGUUAUAAAAACAUGACACCUUUUUAUCUUAAUACCCUCGACUACCACAUACUAACGUUGCUUUGAAUGGAAUUGUUAUCGAGUGAUAAGAUUCACAUGACUGUUUUUUCUUCAAAUUAGUUCUUCAUAUAUAAUGGAUAUACAGUAUAGUUUAUUUGUAAUGAAGCCCUUCACACGCAUUGCUUUUCAUGUGAACACCUCAUAUCAUUACACACUGGACAUCAGUUCUUUUGUAUUUUGAAGGGGUUUAAAACAAUUGAUGGAUGUAAAACAAAUUCUCAAGACACAAAGAGGCUUGUAGCUGUUAUUUUGACAUUUAAAGCUGCACCCCCUGACCUUUUUUAUAUUACUUUAUUGCACCAUUGACUUUCAGAAAUUACGUUGUUGUUUUUUUAUUGUCGGGUUUAAAGUAAUUUGGGUAUUUGAGUGCUCCAUCUGGUGCUCCUGAGUACCUUCACUCAUCACCUGCUGGAGAUGCAAGGUUUCCACCGGGUCAUAACGAUGCUAAAUAAAGCUCCCAGAUGUUCCCCCCUCCUCUAAGAAUGUGAUCGUCCCUGGAUAUAUCCUGAUAUACAAUCACACAUCAUGUACUGGUUUACACUGUAGUUUUGUAUGGAAUAUUCAUUUUAGAUGUGAACGAAUGACCCGGGACUCUCACGAUGGGCCCGCCGUCCUCUCUUAAACCGCGCGUGUCCUUUCUCGAGUUUUCUUCGAUAAAGAACCGAAGAGCCCGAGGAUCAGCGCCGGUUGUGUACAGGAACACCUGAAAUCUUCCUUCCGUUCUCCCUGUUGAAGUGCUCUUGUCAAAAUAAUGAAGCGGGAUCAGCUUUCUGAUUGAAAUCCACUAAAUGUCACUAAAGUAAAUUGUCGGUUGUCCCUAAUUUAAAUGAUGAGAUUGAGCAGAAGUGUAAACUGAACGAAAAGUGUGUUUAAAAAAAAGUCUGAAAUGAGGAAUAAGCCCAAGUUAACGAACUAGAGUGUUCUGAAGGUUUUAUAAAAUUAAAUAUCUGUAAUGUACAUUUUGAAGAAAAAUGAUCUUUUGUACUUUUCAUGUGAAUAUUUGUUUACCUUCCACAGUGUGUGUGAUUGUGACAGGACAUGGUUAAUAACCAUUUUAUUGGGAUUUUUUUUUUAUAUAAAUUUUUUAUUCUUUGUUCUGUCAGUCCCACAAUGUAAAUGUAUAGUAUAUAUAAAUAAAAACAAUCACUAUGGUAGCUAGUUUGAUUGAAUACAUUGUGACAAGUUGCUCUAACGUGGUGGGAGUAAAUCCAAAAGAAACUAUUUUAUGAAGAAAUUGUCAUUUUAUAUGGAAUUGUUUGCAUAUGUUGUUGUGUGUCAUUAAACGAAUAUAAAACACUUAAAA